UUCCAAGAUGGCCGGCGUCAAGGAACAGCUGAUCCAGAAUCUUCUCAAAGAGGAGUACGCCCCUCAAAAUAAGAUCACCGUGGUUGGAGUUGGUGCUGUGGGCAUGGCCUGUGCCAUCAGCAUCUUGAUGAAGGAUUUGGCUGAUGAGCUCGCCCUUGUUGAUGUCAUUGAGGAUAAGCUGAAGGGAGAAAUGAUGGAUCUUCAGCAUGGCAGCCUUUUCCUCAGGACUCCAAAGAUCGUCUCUGGCAAAGACUACAGCGUGACUGCCAACUCCAAGCUGGUUAUCAUCACCGCCGGGGCCCGUCAGCAGGAGGGAGAGAGCCGUCUGAAUCUGGUCCAGCGCAAUGUCAACAUCUUUAAAUUCAUCAUUCCCAACGUUGUCAAGUACAGCCCCAACUGCAAGCUGCUUGUGGUGUCCAAUCCAGUGGAUAUUUUGACCUACGUGGCCUGGAAGAUCAGUGGCUUCCCCAAGAACCGAGUUAUCGGAAGCGGCUGCAAUCUGGAUUCUGCCCGCUUCCGCUAUCUGAUGGGAGAGAGGCUGGGCAUCCACUCCACAAGCUGUCACGGCUGGGUCAUCGGAGAACACGGAGACUCUAGUGUUCCCGUGUGGAGCGGGGUGAACGUUGCCGGUGUCUCUCUGAAGAACCUGCACCCCGAUUUGGGAACUGAUGCAGACAAGGAGCAGUGGAAGGAUGUUCAUAAGCAGGUGGUUGACAGUGCCUACGAGGUCAUCAAACUGAAGGGCUACACCUCCUGGGCCAUCGGCCUCUCGGUAGCCGAUCUGGCAGAAAGCAUCGUGAAGAAUCUUAGGCGGGUGCACCCCAUUUCCACCAUGAUUAAGGGCCUGUACGGGAUCAAAGAUGAAGUCUUCCUCAGCGUCCCCUGUGUCUUGGGCCAGAACGGCAUCUCGGACGUGGUGAAGAUAACCCUGAAGUCCGAGGAGGAGGCUCAUCUGAAGAAGAGCGCAGACACCCUGUGGGGAAUUCAGAAGGAACUGCAGUUUUAAGGCUUUUCAACAUCCUAGCUGUCUACUGGGUAACGGUAGUUAGGGGAUUGGGUAUGUCGCACUUUUGAAGUAGGUCAG